AUGAUACACUUUAUAGAUAGAACAUCUCGGACCUCUAAAUCUUGCUAUAACAGGAGGAUUCCCGGUUGCAAUAACAAAGUUAGCAAUCAAGAUGAUCUUAGCCAUCGAGCUCUAAGAUUUGGUUUCUUCGACCUCUCCCCAAGUUGGGUUAAUGACAUAGUUGCAGGAAAUAAGCCUCUCGAGGGAGGUUCUAUAUCUCCCCCAUGUCCUAAUAAGGAGGAUAAAUCAAUUGGUUUGAAUCUCAGUCUCAGCCCACUUCACCAUGACUACAACCCAGAUAGAAUCUUGUUGGAGGGAGAAGUUGGUUACACAUACUGCAUUGGUACUCCCAUUGGUGUGUCCAUGGACAACACCCGCCUUGCUAUUGCUGCCAUUGGCAAGCUCAUGUUUGCCCAGUUUUCAGAGCUGGUCAACGACUUCUACAACAAUGGCCUGCCAUCAAACUUGUCCGGUGGGUGCAAUCCAAGCUUGGAUUAUGGCUUCAAGGGGGCUGAGAUCGCCAUGGCCUCAUACUGCUCAGAGCUACAGUUCUUGGGCAACCCAGUGACAAACCAUGUUCAGAGUGCCGAGCAGCACAACCAGGACGUAAACUCGCUUGGUCUCAUCUCCUCCAGGAAGACUGCCGAGGCCAUUGAGAUUCUCAAGCUCAUCUGCGUGAUGACAAUGGCCAAGAAAACUCUCAGCACCAAUUCCACAGGUGGUCUUCAUGUCGCUCGCUUCUGUGAGAAAGAUCUUCUCCAGGAGAUCGACCGUGAGGCGGUCUUUGCAUAUGCUGAUGACUCAUGCAGCGCCAACUAUCCACUGAUGAAGAAACUGCGUGGCGUGCUCGUCGAGCGUGCCCUUUCCAACGGCAUGGACGAGUUCAAUGUGGAGACCUCUGUGUUUGGCAAGGUUGCCCAAUUUGAGGAGGAGCUUCGAGAGGCGCUGCCAAUGGCGGUCGAGACUGCACUUGCUGCUGUGGAGAGUGGCACAGCUCCAACGCCAAACAGGAUCACUGAGUGCCGUUCAUACCCUCUGUACCGGUUUGUGCGUGAGGAGCUCGGAACAGUAUACCUAACCGGUGAGAAGACCAGAUCUCCCGGCGAGGAGCUGAACAAGGUGCUCGUGGCUAUCAACCAAGGCAAGCACAUUGACCCACUGCUCGAGUGCCUCAAGGAAUGGGACGGCAAGCCCCUGCCCAUAUGCUAA